GUCCUUUACUCGACCAUUCCUUCGCAAAAUGGGAACCACAAUCAAAGUUGACAUCGUCAGUGACACUAUUUGCCCAUGGUGUUUCAUUGGAAAACGUCGACUCGAAAAAGCUAUGACGAGCUAUCAAGCGUCCCACCCGGACACAAAGUUUGAUGUCAAGUGGCAUCCCUUUGAACUGGAUCCCACAUUGAGCAAAACACCGGCUAACAAGCUUGAGCGUUAUGCUGCCAAGUUCGGCGCAGCAAGAGUCGACGGCAUGGUAGAGCACAUGAAAAAAAUGGGGAAAGGAGAUGGUAUCAAUUUCUCGUAUGGAGGACCUAUCGCCAAUACUAUUGAUUCGCACAGACUUAUCGAGUGGGCAACUAAGCAAGGGAAGCAAGAUGAAGUUAUCGAACAAUUGUUCAAAUUAUAUUUUGAGGACGAAGGAAACAUUGGCGAUCUCGAUCAAUUAGCUGAUGUGGCUGGAAAGAUUGGCUUGGACAAUGUUGAGGCUCUGGAGUACUUGAAAACGGAUCAGGGUGCUCGAGAAAUUAAGGAUGCCAUCUUGCAAAGCCAAAUGCAAGGCAUCAGUGGCGUGCCCAAUUUCACCAUUGACAGCAAGUACACUCUAUCAGGAGCCCAACAACCAGAAACCUUUUUGGAGGUGUUUGAGGAAGUUGGUAAACGUUUAGCAGACGCAUAAACCGCCAAAAUUAAUUCUAUCCACAUUGUAUUGCACAAUGCUAUAUCGGCCUCCUAUUUUUAAUUAUCGUGAUUUACCCUAUCCUUGGAAAUGAAAUAUCUUAUUGCAUUAUCUUUUCUCUACCACCGAGUC